AAUUAACAUUGAUUGAAUUAACAUUGAUUGCAAGAAUUUUUUUUACUUUAAAUGAACAUCUCCACAUAUGAGAGGUAAAAUUAAUGUGUUUUAAAUUAGUCCAUUUUUGGACCAAUUGUAAUCCUCGGUCAAUAACCACAAAAAACCACUUAAAGAUUUAAUUUUUAUUUUUAUAAAGACUUGACCUCCCUCAGUAUUGAUGUCACAACUUAACUUACUAGUACAUUUGACUAUUGAAUAUAAGCGUGAUAGUGGAAGAAAGGGAACUCAUUGAGAAUGAACGGCUUAAGAGGUGAAAGAGCUCCUCUUUUGGAGGCUGACCGCGGUUCUAGAAAGGGAAAGAGACAAGAUGAUUCUACAGCUGAUCAACUCGCAGACCUUGAACAUGGUGAUGCAGUACCGGCUGCACAUGUUGGAUUCUUUAGAGUGUUUUCACUUGCAAAGCCUGAGGCUGGAAAAUUGGUCAUUGCUACAAUAGCUCUAUUAAUUGCUGCCACAUCAAGUACCUUAGUUCAAAAAUUUGGUGGGAAGAUAAUUGAUAUUGUCUCAGGAGAUAUAAGAACUCCUGAGGACAAAGAUGCAGCAUUAGAAGCUGUCAAGAGCACCAUACUAGAAAUCUUUAUCAUCGUUAUCCUCGGUUCAAUUUGCUCAGCGCUUCGAGCAUGGCUUUUUUAUACUGCCAGCGAAAGGGUUGUUGCACGCCUGAGGAAGGAUUUGUUCAGUCACCUUGUAAACCAGGAAAUAGCUUUCUUUGAUGUUACACGAACCGGGGAACUUUUAAGUAGGUUAUCUGAAGAUACACAGAUCAUUAAGAAUGCUGCAACUACCAACCUCUCUGAGGCCUUGAGAAACUUGGCAAGUGCAUUUAUUGGUCUCAGCUUCAUGUUUGCAACAUCAUGGAAGCUAACAUUAUUGGCUUUGAUUGUUGUACCUCUUAUUUCUGUCGGUGUUCGUAAAUUCGGUCGUUUCCUGCGUGAACUCUCUCAUAAAACUCAAGCUGCAGCUGCAUUAUCUUCUUCAAUUGCUGAGGAAUCCUUUGGUGCAAUAAGAACAGUUAGAUCUUUUGCUCAGGAAGAUUAUGAAAUACAACGAUACUCCGAGAAAGUUAACGAGACUUUAUCGCUUGGACUUAAACAAGCUAAAGUUGUUGGACUCUUUUCUGGAGGUCUUAAUGCAGCAUCUACACUUUCAGUUAUUAUAGUUGUUAUAUAUGGAGCUAAUUUGACGAUCCAGGGUGCCAUGACCUCGGGCGAUCUUACAUCUUUCAUUCUUUAUAGUCUCUCAGUUGGAUCCUCUAUAUCUGGUUUGUCGGGAUUGUAUACUACAGUUAUGAAAGCCGCCGGUGCUAGCAGAAGGGUAUUUCAACUUUUGGAUCGUGCCUCAUCCAUGCCUAAGGCGGGAGAUAAAUGUCCUCUAGGUGAUCAUGAUGGGGAAGUGGAACUAGACGAUGUAUGGUUUUCUUAUCCAUCACGCCCUAAUCAUAUGGUGCUCAAGGGUAUUAAUAUAAAACUACAACCUGGCUCAAAGGUUGCUCUUGUCGGUCCAAGCGGUGGCGGAAAGACUACAAUUGCAAACUUAAUUGAAAGAUUUUAUGACCCAACCAAGGGAAAGAUUCUGGUGAAUGGUGUUCCUCUGGUAGAAAUAUCACACAAACAUUUACACAGAAAGAUCAGUAUAGUGAGUCAGGAGCCUACGCUCUUCAACUGUUCCAUAGAGGAGAACAUAGCUUAUGGAUUUGAUGGCAAAAUUGACGACGCUGAUAUUGAACGAGCAGCUAAAAUGGCCAAUGCGCAUGAAUUUAUAUCAAAUUUUCCAGAAAAAUACAAGACCCAUGUUGGAGAGCGAGGCAUACGGCUUUCAGGAGGACAGAAACAGAGAAUAGCAAUUGCUAGAGCGUUACUUAUGGACCCGAAAAUUCUCCUACUUGAUGAAGCCACCAGUGCCUUAGAUGCUGAAAGCGAAUACUUAGUGCAGGAUGCUAUGGAUUCUAUCAUGAAGGGAAGGACAGUUUUAGUCAUUGCUCAUAGGUUAUCAACUGUGAAAACUGCUAAUACUGUUGCAGUUGUUUCUGAUGGUCAAAUAGUCGAGAGUGGUACUCAUGACGAGCUUCUCGAAAAGAAUGGUGUUUAUACUGCAUUAGUCAAGAGACAACUACAAACAACAAAAACUGAAGUCUAAUCUAUGUCUAGCAAAUUAUGAAUAACUGUUGCCAAUUGCCAGUUGCCACGGUACAUGUGAGAACACUCUAGUCUGACCGCAGAGGUUAGGGGAAAGGGCACAUUAUACUUCGAGUUCGAGACACAAGUCUUAAGUUAAAAUCUCGCUCCUUAUAUUGAGCAUUAUGUUUUUGUACACUUGAUUUUUGCAAGUUUGCUUACCGAAGAAAGUUAGCUUUUCAUGCUUGUCAGAUAACUCAAAAUGCUUGAGCAGUUAAAUGAAGUUGCUUACAUCAAAUGUGAGUCUGUGAUUCGAAA